AUGUCCUCAUCUUCUCGUAAUUGGGAAUACGACGUUUUCCCGAGCUUCAGCGGAACAGACGUCCGCAUAACUUUCCUCAGCCACUUGAUCCGUGAGUUGAAUCGGAAAUUUAUUAUUGUUUUCAAAGACAAUGAGAUGGACAGAAGCCGGUCGCUCGGCCCUGAGCUUAAACUAGCGGUUAGGACUUCGAGGAUUGCAGUGGUUGUGUUCUCCAGAAAUUACGCCUCUUCAAGCUGGUGCCUUAACGAGUUGCUAGAGAUCGUGAAAUGCAAGCAAGAGUUUGGUCAAAUGGUGAUACCGUUUGGAACCUUCCCAUGUGAGGUACCAGACCGGACACUUUAG